AUGGCUUCCAAAGCAGCCACCAAACGGCUCACAUUGGAGUACAAGUCCAUCUCCAAGAACCCGCCGCCAUACAUUACUGCACAUCCAUCAGAGUCUAAUAUUCUUGAGUGGCAUUACAUUAUCACCGGUCCAGAGAACACUCCCUACUAUGGCGGUCAAUACUGGGGCACUCUCAUGUUCCCGCCCAACUACCCUUUCGCCCCGCCAGCCAUCCGCAUGCACACACCUUCAGGCCGCUUCCAGCCCUCGACCCGCCUAUGUCUUUCCAUCUCCGACUUUCACCCUCGCUCUUUCAACCCGGCAUGGGAGGUCUCGACCAUUCUGAUCGGUUUACUGUCAUUCAUGACGUCAGAGGAGAUGACUACCGGGUCGGUUUCAGCAACAGAGGCCGAGCGCAAGUUCCACGCCGCUAGGUCGCGUUGGUGGAAUUCCACUGGCGGCGGCUCACACGCACGUUCUACAGGCUCGGUGCAGAAAGGAAAUGUCAAGGCAGGCGACGGCGGCGCAAAAUUUCGCAGCGAAUGGCCCGAGGUUGAUGCCGAGAACUGGGAGUGCAUGCGCAAGGAGGACAUCGACCCUGCGACUGGCCAGAAGAGAAACUCGGCCGACGGUUCGGGUUCAGGUAACGGUUGUGCACCACAGCUUGGCAUCGCCAGCGCCGGUAGCGGGAACCAGGCCCAGGCCGUCGUUGAUGUCAUGGCACAACGGAGGGAAUUGGGACAGGGAUGGCUCUGGCAAAACAAGUUCCUCGUGGCUUUGGGCGCCGUAUUCGUCUACGUGCUCAUCGCCCGCAUUCUAGGAUCGGUUGAAUAA